UUUUCUACACCAUUACUCUUAUCCACUAACAUUGUCUAAACUCAAAAACCUUUGUUCAAUUUCAACUUUUUGCACCACGCAGUUCUCGACACAAAGGUGUUGUUGGUUCCUCAAAACCAACACAACCAAUCAAAGAAACUAAAAGCCAUGGCAUGUUCUUCAUUCACAUUUGCCAAUCCAUCAUCAAUUCCAAGACCGAGAAAUUCAUUACUUUCUUCUUCUCUAAGCCCGAGAGCCAUGGCCAAAGAGCUUUACUUCAACCACGACGGUUCGGCCAUGAAGAAGCUGUUGGCAGGAGUGGACAUGGUGGCUGAGCUGCUUGGUGUGACAUUGGGUCCAAAGGGGAGAAAUGUUGUGCUGCCAAAUAAGUAUGGACCACCCAAGAUUGUAAAUGAUGGAGAAACUGUUCUCAAAGAGAUUGAAUUGGAAGAUCCGUUGGAAAAUGUUGGAGUUAAAUUGGUGAGACAAGCUGGUGCUAAAACCAACGACCAAGCUGGUGAUGGCUCAACUACAUCUGUUGUUCUUGCUCAUGGCUUAAUCAGAGAGGGGGCAAAGGUUAUUGCAGCUGGAAUGAAUCCUGUUCAAAUUGCUCGUGGCAUUGAGAAGACAGCAACAGCGCUUGUUUCUGAACUCAGAUUGAUGUCAAGAGAAGUUGAGGAUCAUGAGCUUGCAGAUGUUGCUGCAGUCAGUGCUGGGAAUGAUUAUUCAGUUGGAAACAUGAUUUCCGAGGCUCUGCACCAAGUAGGCAGAAGCGGAGUAGUGACAAUUGAAACCGGAAGGAGUACCGAGAAUAGUCUUGAGAUUGUGGAAGGAAUGCAAUUUGAUCGCGGAUAUCUGUCCCCAUACUUUGUCAACAAUAGAAGAAAGAUGACAGUUGAACUCCACAACUGCAAGUUGCUUUUGGUCGACAAGAAAAUCACAAAAACAAAGGAGUUGAUCAACAUAUUGAACAAUUCUGCGAAAGAAAAAUAUCCAGUUUUGAUAGUUGCAGAGGGCAUUGAGCAAGAAGCUCUAGCUCCAGUCAUUAAAAAUAAACUUCGGGGUGCUCUUAAGGUAGCUGCCAUUAAGGCUCCUGCCUUCGGUGAACGCAAGACCCAUUACUUGGAAGAUAUUGCCAUCUUGACUGGAGGUACUGUAAUCAGAGAAGAUAUGGGUUUCAACCUAGAAAAGGCUCACAAGAAUGAUCUGGGUUCUGCUACUAAGGUUGUCAUAACAAAGAAUUCUACCUUAAUAGUUACUGAUGGGAGUACUCGAGAAGCUGUUGAGAAGAGGGUUUGCCAACUUAGGAGGCUUGUUGAGAAUACAGUGGAAAAUUUCCAAAAAAAGAUAUUGAAUGAAAGGAUAGCAAGAUUAUCUGGGGGCAUUGCCAUUCUUCAGGUAGGAGCACAAACACAGGUAGAACUGAAGGAUAAACAGUUAAGAAUAGAAGAUGCUCUAAAUGCAACAAAGGCCGCAAUCGAGGAAGGUGUAGUAGUUGGUGGUGGCUGUUGCCUUUUAAGACUAUCCCAAAAGGUGGAUGGCAUAAAAAAACUCCUGGAAAAUGAAGAACAACAGAUUGGAGCUGAAAUCUUCAGGAGAGCAUUGAGCUAUCCUACAAGAAUGAUAGCAAAGAAUGCUGGUGUAAAUGGCAAUGUCAUCAUAGAUAAGGUUUUAUCAGACGAUAACCUGAAUUUUGGUUACAAUGCUGCUAGAGACUGUUAUGAGGAUCUCAUGAAGGCUGGGAUCAUGGAUCCAACUAAGGUAGUUAGGUGUUGUAUAGAGCAUUCAGCUUCUGUGGCCAAGGCAUUUCUAACAUCUAGUGCGGUUGUGGUUGAGCGCAAGGAAUUAAAGCCCAUACCAAUACCACGAAGAAAGCCCAUGCCCACCUCAGGUAAUGAAUUAGAUUCAUUACCAAUACCACGUAGAAAGCCCAUGCCCAUGCCCAUGCCCAUGGCUACACCAGGUUUAGGACCAAUGGGCUUUUAAAAAGGAAAUUUGUACAGUUCAAUUCAGCUUUUUGUUCAAGGGUUCAGUGUGAUCAAUCAAGAAGCACUAGAAAUUCACAUACGUAUACUUUGUAUAGAUGGUGGCAUUGAUCUAUCCUAGGAACCACAAAUGAAGUGAAUCAAAAAUUCAAAAUGAAACUGUAUGUGACUAAGUGAAGCCGUGAAGGACAAGGGGAAGCACUGAACAUGUAUGCAGUGGAAGGAAAUUUUUUGUCACAUUCAGACAGUGACUACAGUGUCCUAUUCAUUUUAUUUUUGGUACAGAUGGUGGAUAUUAAAAAAAAAUCUUUUAAUUGUUGGAGGGAAUGUAAAACUUGUCAUCCUAUGUUAAAGUGUAUUACAUAUAAAGCAAUUUAAAGGAAUUAUGAAUCACAUCAGUUUAUAAAUCUAAUACAUUUUGGGGUCUUCA